AUGGGAUAUAGAGGAGAAGAAUGGACAAUUACUUGUGCUGCAAAAAAUGGUUAUCUUGAUGUAGUAAAAUAUUUACAUGAAUUAGGAUAUAGAGGAAAAGAAUGGACAAUUACUUGUGCUGCAGAAAAUGGUCAUCUUGAAGUAGUAAAAUAUUUACAUUCUAUUGGAUAUAGAGUAGAAGAAUGGACAAUUAAUUAUGCUGCAGAAAAUGGUCAUCUUGAAGUAGUAAAAUAUUUACAUUCUAUUGGAUAUAGAGUAGAAGAAUGGACAGUUACUUGUGCUGCAGAAAAUGGUCACCUUGAAGUAGUAAAAUAUUUACAUUCUAUUGGAUAUAGAGUAGAAGAAUGGACAGUUACUUGUGCUGCAGAAAAUGGUCACCUUGAAGUAGUAAAGUAUUUACAUUCUAUUGGAUAUAAAUAA